AUGAUUGAGAUUUGGGUCAACGACCAUCUUAGCCAUAGAGAGAGAAUAAAAUGCAUGCCAACAGAUACUAUUGGUGAUCUUAAAAAGCUUAUUGCUUUCAAAAUUGGCACAAGACCAGAGAAAAUCAGACUCCAUCAUGCAAAUAAAGUUCUCGCCGAUAAUGUCACAUUAGAUGAUUAUGAAAUCCACCAAGGCACAGAAGUCUCAAUGUCAUAUCAAUAA